AUGACUCCACUUUCAUCGCCAAUAAUGGUUAACCAAUUAAAUUUAUCUGCUAUUCAGAACGAUUCAAUUGAUGAUAAACUUUCUUCAAAUGAUAUUUGUGCUAUGUUCGAUGAAUUUCUUGUUGAAUUUGAACAAAUGGAAAAAAGUGAUGAAACGACAACAAAUGUGUUUUUAGAUGCUGUAGAAGAAAUAACAGAUGCUGUUCUAGGAGUUUUACCAUAUAAAUUACUUGAUCCAAAAGUUUUUUCUCAUCCAAUGGUGAAUUUUCUACAUCAAAUACUUAUUGAUAUAUUAGGAAACUGGCAGACAUCUCAAAUACGUUUAAACAUUCAAGAAACGGAUAUAUUUUUUAAAAUUGUACUUAUUUUUGUUCAUGCUGCUGAAUACGCAUCUACAGAUAAUGCCGAUGCAGAUCGACAAAAAAUAAAAGAUUUAUUAGCAACAAGAAAAUUUCUCAGUUUAGUACGUAGACAAAUUGAGAAUAUUGCUAUGCACAAAUACGGUAUUAAUGAUGAUCCAAAUAUAUGUAUAUUAGGUUUGUUAACAAUAAAUGUAAUGCAAGGAUGUCCAUUCUAUUAUAGUAUGGAACGAAAUACAUGCUUAAUUGACGCUUUAAUAUUGAAUUGUAUUGAUUCAUAUGAUUAUAUUCAAGCAGUACGUCAACUGCAAUGUGGCGCGAUACUUGCGGAUAUCGAUCGUUUUCUUUUGUUUAAGUGUUGGGAAUAUAUGCCAGUUGUUUCGCUAUCUUCACAAAAUUUGAUGAACUCAUUAUAUAAAACCAGUUUUAUUUAUAAUAUUUAUGAUAAACUUUUAAUAAUAUUCGAACAUGCUCUUGAUCGACCACCACCUAUUACAUCUUCUGGUCUUUCUUAUAUUUUCGAACGAUAUCAACAACUGCUUAAUGUUCCCACACUGCCUUCUUUCGAUAAGCAUGCACAGAAUAUUAUUGAUCGUUUAAUCAAAAUUCUAGAAAACCUAUCAUCAAAUAACCUUAAUGAUGAUACAUUGAUCAUUGUUACUUUAGAAACAUUCUAUAAUUUAACGAAAAAUUCUGAUAUUCGUGCAAUCAUGAAAAAACGUCAUUUAACAUCUCUCUUCAAGAAAUAUACAUCUAUUGAAAUGGGUAAAAAACGAAAGUUAGCAUUUGAUAUUCUUGCAGAAAUUAUGGAUGAACAAGAAAUUAACAAUGAUCCAAGUGGAAUAACUUCUAUUUUUAUUGAUCAACUCAAACAACUUAAUCCAAACGAAAAUAAUCCAGAUCUUGAUAAUACAUUAUCAAGUCUCCAAGCAUUGAUACAACAUGAGCAGAUAAAAAACGAAUUUAUUAAACAAGGUGGUCUCGACAUACUCAUUACUUUUAUUCGUGAUGGUGAUCCAAGUAAACAAUCUGAUAAACAAGUAGAAGAUGUUCUCAAAAUACUUUGGUCAUGUACAUUCAGCAAUCCUGAAGCAUUGGACAAACUAAAACAAGAUCAAAAUUUGAUGACUCGUGUCAAGGAUAUACUUGAAAAAUCAAAACAAGAUGGAAAUAGCACAUUAGAGAAAGCAGCUGAAGGUCUCAUUUGGAAAGUCGAAAAAGAAGAAAAAUUUUUAGCAGAACAAGCUGCUGAAGACGAAAAGAAAAAAAAAGAGAAAAAACGAAAAGCUCAAGAAUCUGGCAUUGAGGAAGAAGAAGAAGAAGAAGAGGAAGAAUUAAAGUAUGAUCUUAUGAUAUCUUAUUCAUGGGCUGAUAUGGAUUUAGCUCAUCGUAUCUUUAAACAUUUAACUGAAAAACUUGGUUAUAAAAUUUGGCUUGAUCAAGAACAAAUGCAUGGAUCAACAAUCCAAGCAAUGGCAAAUGCAGUUGAAGGUGCUGAAUUUAUUCUAAUGUGUAUGUCUGAAACAUAUAAACGAAGCGCAAACUGUCAAUCGGAAGCUGAAUAUUCAUUUAAUCGUAAAAAACAUAUAGUUCCAAUUAAAAUGAAAAAAGAUUAUGUACCAGAUGGAUGGUUAGGUUUUAUAUUAGGUACACGAAUGUAUAUCGAUUUUGGUACAUACGAUUUCGAUAAAGCAAUUCAAUUACUUGAUAAUGAAAUACAAUUACAGAAAAAAAAACGUAGAGACGUUAAAGAAGCUGCUAAAAUGCAAAGAAAAACUACGGUAUCUAGUGAAAAUAAGAAUGAUGUUAAAGAAAAAGUAUCAAACAAUCGAAAUACAACAAAUGUAAAAGCUAACAAAAAUAAUAUUUUAAAUUGGAAAGAAGACAAUGUUCGAGAUUUUUUAAUGAAACAUAAUCUUUCAGCAAUGGUAUUCCUUUGUCAAGGAAUUAAUGGCGAAGAAUUAUGUAAUCUUUACACAAUGUGUAAGACAAAUUCUAUAUCAAUGUAUCGUUCAUUAAAAUUUGAACUUCUACAUUUUUGUAAUAAAAUAUUACCAAUAUCUACUUAUCUUCGGUUUAUGAGUCGUAUACGUGCUGUCUGUGAUGAUACAUUGGUACCUAGUGGACAUGCUAUGAACAAAUCUCAUAAACAUGAUACAUUAGACGAUGAAUAA